CCCCGCCCCCAACUAUUCCCUAGACCACCACCACUCGUCGGCGUUCGCCCACCGACCAUCCCGCACCAGAUGUUCAACCCGAUGAUGCUCAACCCGAUGAUGUCCGGCUACCCCAUGGGCACAAUGGGCAUGCCGAUGGGUAUGGGCAUGCCAAUGGCCGCCCCCAUCCCCGGCAUCAUGCCUGGCAUGCCCGGCGUCGGCAACUUGCCAAGAGGGUGGUUUGGAAGAGAUCAACUUGGAAGAGAUUUUGCGGGGCCGGGCGGUGUGGGCUCCAGCCAACCGUAUCGACCUCCUGACCCCUCUGCCCUGCCUCCAAUGCCAUUCGGCCUGCCGUUCAUUGCUCGUCCAGGACAAGAAGGAUUCGAUCAGUAUGGGCGAAUGUUACCACCCACCUUGCCUGAAGGAUGGGACGGCUGGGGUCGGCCCAUUGUAGCUGCAGGAGCAAACCCUCCUGCCCCUGCUGUCCAACCACUUCAAGAACCGCCUGCCCCUCUUGCACAACCUCGUACCCGCGCCGUGCCACGAACUACCCAGCCUUCUGCGAUCGGUGGAAGUACUUACGGGUACCCAAAUCAGUCUGGCUCACAGACUAGUACCUUGGUGUCGGAGACCGCUACCAAUAGACCUGAUCAGCCACCAUGCUUUGACCGCCCUCCCGCUCAACAUGACUCUUAUUACCGCUACGAACCUUUCGAAGCCUUUUCCUUUUCGGCCAAGUUGCUCAACCAUCCUCACCAGCUGCAUCUUCCUCCUGAGCUCGUUAGCAGGGAUGUCAAUGAGCAAGAUUGGAUGAAAUUCAUCGAAGACUUUGCUCGAGAGGCCCUCCAUGGCGCAUCUCAUUCGCUCACUCGACAAGCCAGAGGCCAACACACUGGUCCCGACCCUAUCCUUUCUGAAGCCGUACAUUCUCUUCUCGCUUCCUGGGCUGUUGCGUUCUUUGCCCCACGAGGUAUCAGGGUAUAUGCCGCCCAGAACGGCAAGAAGGUCAUCCCACCGCCUAUUGGGCCAUCACACAGUACGCGUGGCUAUUCCCAUGCCUCGGAGUGGAGCGACAGCGAAACCGCAUCGGAUGAUGAUUUUGGAUACGGAAGCGAAGAUGAGAAGGAAAGGCAAGCCAGAAAGGGUGACAUGUACUUGCCUAAACGGGAAAGGGAGAUUAGGAGAAGUGAGCGAAUAAGAAUGAGAAAACGGGAAAGAAGGCGAAGAAUGAGGGAGUUUGAACUUAAGAACGGCGAGAAUAGGGAAGCUUGGGAGAUCCAUUUCGUACCUGCCACACCGACGAUUUGGCUGCCAGGAGCUAGACCUAGGACAUAUGGUGAACCUGUGGUCAGACUGAAGCGCUAGAGUCCAGGUGGGUCGGGUCAAAGAUGGAUAAUAUUAGGGAUUAGUAUGUCAAAUGGAACUGAGAAGCUUUGGUCGGUCAUGAUGGAAGAUUUUGCCUAGUCAUUGUCAGAACAGAUACUUUUACUCAUGUAUAUGGUUUCCAG